AUAAUGUGGAAAUUAAUGUACGAGAGAAUGUUAACCCGGAGAAGUGCACUCACGUCGCAUCCACACGCCACUGGCGGGAUCUUCUUGACUCGAAUGAAUAGAACUCUCUCGACAAUCUUCGCCCUGUCCUCUGGUCAGGGGAAAUGUGGCGUCGCUGUGGUGCGAGUGUCUGGAAGUGCUGCCUUCGAGGCUCUCGCAAAAAUGACUACCUUGAGGAAUCCAGAGCCAAGACGAGCUUUGCUCAGGAAAAUAUAUGAUCCUGUCACGAGGGACGUAAUUGAUAAGGGAUUAUGCUUAUGGUUUCCAGCUCCCAAUUCAUUCACCGGUGAAGACAGCGUUGAAUUUCAAGUUCACGGUGGCUCAGCGAUCCUCCAUGCCAUAAUGUCAGCCCUGGGAAAGUUGAAAUUCCGUCCAGCGGAGCCUGGGGAGUUCACAAAGCGUGCGUUCUACAACGGAAAAUUGGAUUUGACUGAAAUCGAAGGUCUGGCAGACCUCAUCCACGCGGAGACCGAGCAACAGAGGAAGCAGGCACUCCUCCAAGCAGAUGGAAGCCUCAGCGAGCUUUACGACAGCUGGAGGGCUAGCCUCUCGAAAAUUCUAGCCCACGUUGAGGCGUACAUCGACUUCAGUGAGGAUGACAACAUCGAGGACAAUGUCCUGGCAAUUUGCAACCAGAGGAUUGGGGAACUGAUUGUACCGAUCUCCAAACAUCUUGCUGAUGGUAGGAAGGGGGAGAUCCUGAGGACUGGAGUGAGAACAGCCAUCAUAGGCCGGCCGAAUGUUGGUAAGAGCAGUCUCAUGAAUUACCUGGUCCAGAGAAACGCUGUCAUCGUAACUCCUAUCGCUGGAACAACGAGAGAUGUUGUGGAACUGAAUGCUAAUAUCUGUGGAUACCCUGUCAUCUUGGCGGACACUGCAGGACUGGCUGAGAGUACUCAGGAUGUCGUUGAAUUAGAGGGAAUCAAAAGGGCUAGGGCCUAUGCUAAAGAUGCGGAUUUAGUUAUCCUGAUGGUGGACGCAUCAUCGUUUGUAUCCAGUGGGUUGAGUCUUGGGGAAUAUGUCGACAAUUAUGUGAGGGGAUUGGAGAUGGAGGAGAUCAUCUUGGGGGAUGGUGAACUAUUGAGGAAUUGUCUGGUGGUGGUUAAUAAGACUGAUUUGAUUGAGGAGAAAGUCAAGGGGAUGCUGAGAAGUUUCGAGGCAGUUCCUAUCUCUUGUGCCAAGGAGGAGGGCUUUGAGGAGCUAAUGGAAUCGUUGGAGAACAAAUUUCAGAGGAUAUGUGGGAAUCCGUCUCGAGAGAGUCCCACGAUAAGUCAAGCGAGACACAGAACCCACUUGAUUAAUUGUCUAGAGUAUUUGGAAUUGUACUUGGAGAUUAGCUCCAGAGAGGAGUACGAUAUGGUGAUAGCGGCGCAGCAGAUUCGCAAUGCUAUGAGAGAGCUGGGGAAAAUCACUGGACAUAUCAGUACGGAAGAAAUUUUAGAUAUUAUUUUUACGAGUUUUUGUAUAGGAAAGUGAGAAGAAUAAAAUACCCAAUUGUAGAUAGAGUUUUUUCGGCAAUUUAUGACGCCACGAUUAGAUAAAGAGAAAUAUCUUCCUUAUUACGCGA